AACGUUCAAAAAGUACGGUUCAUUUGUUCAUAGAUUUCUUCUUUAUACCCGAAAUGUACGGGGAAGAAUAACUUCCCUGCUUCAAAAAAUAAACGAUGAAGAAAACUAAUAACCACCUUUCUGGUCAAAAGACGUUAUUUCAAACGUGGAAUAAACAAAACAGAAAGAAAACGCAAACGUCUAGCAGUCUUUUUCAAACAUGGGGUCCAAACAGAAGCACAUCGGUCGUACGUCACGAGAAGUGUGAUACUGGAAGUUUAAAUUACCUUUCAGGCGCGAAUAAAAACACUAGUACCUCAAUUGUACAUCAAAGAAAGCCUGACACUGAAAGUUUGAAAGAUCUGUUAAAUAUUGAUGAUGAGGACAAUGAUAAUGAAUUUUUAGCUGCUAUUGACCAAAUUGAACAAUGUGAAAAUGCUAAAAGUAGCAACGAUGUUGGUAACCUCUCUUUUUCUGCCGCUGCAAAUGAUGAUGUUAGUGACGUCAUACCAGGUUUUGAUUGCAACGCUGGUGAUACCUGGAUUUAUCCGACAAACUACCCGCUACGAGAUUACCAGUUCAAUAUUGUUGAGAAAGCUUUGUUCCACAACACGCUGGUAACUCUACCAACUGGUUUGGGCAAAACUUUUAUUGCUGCAGUUGUGAUGUAUAAUUUCUACAGGUGGUACCCGCAGGGGAAGAUUAUAUUUAUGGCACCAACUAAGCCACUUGUCGCCCAGCAAAUUGAAGCCUGUUAUAACAUAAUGGGUAUACCACCGCAAGAUACAGCAGAAAUGACAGGUAGCAUGACUCCUGCAAAACGAGAAAUAUUGUGGAAGGAGAAACGAGUGUUCUUUCUCACACCACAAGUCUUUCAGAAUGAUUUGGGUCGAGGCUCCUGUCGUGCAGAUGAUGUUGCUUGCCUUGUGUUUGAUGAGGCCCACAAAGCUCUUGGAAAUUAUUCAUAUUGUCAGGUUGUGAGAGAGGUGUUGGGCUACACUCAAAAUUUCCGAAUUCUAGCAUUAAGUGCUACCCCUGGUGAUGGCAUUAAGGCUGUACAGCAAGUUAUCACUAACCUACUUGUGUCCCACAUUGAACUGAGGUCGGAAGACUCAGCUGACAUUAAACCGUACACUCACGAGAGACAAGUGGAGAAAAUAGUCGUGCAGUUGGGAGAUGAACUGGGAUUCUUUAAAACGAAAUUUCUCAGGGUGUUGAGAAUUGUAGUGAAUCGUCUGUCAGGUCACCAAGUGUUGUGGAUGCGUGAUGCAGAGAGAGUGAGCAAGUGUCUCUUACUUGCAGCCAGAGAGCAAUUCAGAAAAAAAUGUGCUGAGGGUCAGCAGUCUCGACAGCAGAUAGGUCCAAUCGAAGGUGACUUUGCCGUAGCAAUUAGUUUGUAUCAUGGCUAUGAUCUUCUCAUGCAACAUGGACUGUUACCAUUUUAUAAUUUCAUUAAAGGAAUAGUUGACGGUAGUAAGGGAGGUUCUCGAGCAAAGACUGAACUCGCAAGGAAUCCGGACUUUAUUGGUAUCGUGGACGAUCUCAGGAACCAAAUAGAACCGCCCCACUCUAAUGGAGAGAGGAACGGAUCGAAUGUGAACCCAUCGUUUAUUGGACACCCAAAGCUGGUGAAGCUGAGGGACAUCGUGUUGGAGCAUUUUCGCGCGUGUGAUGGCGCGCAACACUCGGGAAACACGAAGGGAUCGCGCGUGAUGAUAUUCUCGCAGUACCGUGACAGUGUUCAAGAGAUUUCACGCAUGCUCUCCUUGUAUAAACCGCUGGUGAAGGUAAUGAGUUUCAUCGGUCAACAGAGCAAAGGGAAUGCAUCCAAAGGCCUAACACAGAAGGAACAACUAGAGGUAAUCCGGAAGUUCAGAGACGGAGGCUACAAUACCUUGGCUGCAACGUGUGUUGGCGAGGAAGGUUUGGAUAUUGGAGAAGUGGAUCUUAUUGUUUGUUUUGACGCUAGCGCCUCGCCAAUACGCCUGGUUCAGCGGAUGGGAAGGACAGGACGUAAGCGAGAUGGUCGGAUUAUUGUCUUGGUCACUGAAGGCAAAGAAGAACAGAUUUACCAACGAAGCCAGCGCAACAAAUCCAACAUUCACAAGACGAUUUUAGAAUCUGCGCGAACACUUGAUUUGUACAUGGAGAAUCCUCGCAUGGUUCCAAGAAAUAUCAAACCUGUUUGUCAAAAGAUGUUUAUCACUGUCGCGCCUAAACCAACGAAGAAUAAAAGCAAACCUACUAGAAAGAGCGCUGAAGGAAAUAUCAAAAAAUUAUUCUCAGUUUGUGCGAGAAAAGAGAAUGGUUUUCUAUCGCCCGAGGAACUUCGCUACUGGAACGAUAACUUCAAGCUUCCAAACCACGACGCUGGUUUAACUCCGUCGAAGGCGAUCCACGUGCGGUCGCGAGGUUCGAUCCAACCACGAACUGAGCCCACGCUCUCGCUAACCGAGUGGACAGCGUGGCAAACUCCGUUGCAGCAAGUUCACUACGUCGACCACUCGAAGCGCUCUCGGAAUUUCGCGGAGAUAUUGGAAUUCUGUGAUUUUCGUCGUGACUGUGGCGACGACGACGAUAGUUACGAUCUGGAGAUGCUCUCAUUCCUGAACCGCGAGGAUGUUCCGCAGCCUGGGGAGAAGAAAGCUGACUACGCAUGCGCGACAGGAAAUGGUGAAAAGGACGGAAAUCAAGGACGACGCAAAAAAGUUAUUGUUCUUGAUGAUGAGGAGGAAGGCAGUGUUGUGGCAAAUAUUGCCAGGAAGAAAGGCUGCCUGAGUAAAUCCACGGGUUUCUCUAUGGAUAGCGAUGAGGAAAUAACAAACGUUGUUGGAAUAAACGAAUGCGGCGAUAAGAUGACUAAAAAGGACGGUAAAUCCAGCAGGAAGAGAAAGUCUUUAGACUUUGGUUCAGACAUCGAUGAUGACUUUGAGUGUGAAACGAAUGUGUCUACAAAAGCGGUAAAUACCGUUCAGAACGAGCUUUGCGAUGUUCCAUCCUUGGAGCAAGAACCUCAAGAAAAUUCUCCCAAAAAGAAGCAAUUAGAACCUGGAGAAAUGACAGAGAACCACUCAGGAUCUCACCGUCUUAGCGUCAAUGGAAAAUUAGUAUCCGAUAAAACACCAAACACGAGUCGAUCAGAGCACUCUGUUGAUUCCGACGGUUAUCUUUCCGGCUUUGACAUACCAAGUUCUCAACGGCAACGGAAGAAUACCAGGGCAUCGGAGCGUCGGAAUUCCGAGGCUCGGAUAUCCGAGGACCAUAUCUCCGAGGUGGUGCCUGAUGCGCCAUCAUUAGAUACCUUGCUGGACCUCAGCACAUGCAUUGCUGAAGGCAAUCAAGAAUAUCGGAGUAAUCUUGAGGAAGAGGAAUCUGAUCGAGAUUUUUUCCCUGUUAUGUUUGCAGAAACACAUGAAACAAGUAAAAAUAAGACAUGUGACAACGGGAGGAAACAUGUUGUGGAAUUUGGUAAGGAUGAUCUGAGCAGGCUACUGUUUUCUGAUGAAGUCGGCAAUAAUGAACAAUUUGGAAUAAAGGAAGCAGACUUCAAUAAACGCCGAAGUCCUAUGGAUUCAGAGAAUAAUGAAAAAGAAACCAUGCUGACGAAUAAAUAUGAAAAUAGUAGCAGCAUCAGGAAAACAGUGGAUAGGUUUCAGAGGCCAGACCUACCACCACAAGAAAGUACGCCUUCAAGAAACACCGAGAAAUGCAACAGGGACAUUGGAAACAAAGGUUACGAUGGAGAUGAUUUCUAUCUCGAAAAGAAAGUCAUCUCCAAAGAAAAGACUUCACGGAAGCAAAUGCUGGAAAGUAAGGAUUUUGAUGAGGAACUUCUCAACUCGCUUUUUGAAGAUGAUCUGGAUCGUGUCGUCUGCGAUGUUAAAACUCCGUGUGUGUUUGAUGACGAGCAGGAGACUUUGCAGAUGAAGAAGAAACGGAUGUCAAAAGAUCGUGUCGUCUGCGAUGUUAAAACUCUGUGUGUUUUUGAUGACGAGCAGGAAACUUUGCAGAAGAAAAAGAAACGGAUGUCAAAAAAUCGUGUCGUCUGCGAUGUUAAAACUCCGUUUGUGUUUGAUGACGAGCAGGAAACUUUGCAGAUGAAGAAGAAACGGAUGUCAAAAGAUCGUGUGGUCUGCGAUGUUAAAACUCCGUGUGUGUUUGAUGACGAGCAGGAAACUUUGCAGAGGAAGAAGAAACGGAUGUCAAAAGAAAUGAGUACAAUUGAACGUUCAGAAAACGGAAACUUAAAUUCAGGAAGCAAAGCCGCUCGUACGCUGUUUGAUGAAGACGACAUUGAAAAUAGGAGGACCGAGGAAGAGAUUACGAAAGGGAAAAGUGAAAAUCUCCCUUCUCGAUCUUUAAGAGAUUAUAGUUGCACUGGUUUAAGUUUUGAUAACACAAGCUUGCCUCAAAGGCAACCUCUGGUUGAACAAAAGAGGAACUCGAAUAUGUCGAGUUGGUCUCGAGUGAACGAACGAUCCUUGGAUAAAAUCCGAUCUUUUUGCUUCUCUAAGUCGGCCACCAGUGAUCAAUCCUUGUCUCUAAAAACCACAAUGUCGAAACCGCAUGUUCCUAAUUCACCUGAGGAAUACGGUCCGGACGUAGUCGCUCCCAGUCCGCUUCGGGUAAACCGAAAAUCCUGCUUCGGAAAGUCAUUUUUGAUGAAAAGUGUUUGUAGCGAGAAAGAUGGAGAAAUGAGAACAUCUCAGUGUAAGAGGAGAAUGUUAAAAUUGAAAUCUAAAAAAACGAGUAUGGAAAACAGAUCAAGUGAAGCUGUACAGAUUGGUGGUGCUGCGCUGAUAAAAGAACCUCGGUUUCAAAGCAAUUCUUUGUCAACUCAAGCGGGCAACACUGACAAGGACAUUGCGCAGAAAGGAAGCUCUUCCUCUCUGGAGGCGAGCGUAUCACUCAACAAGAACAAGCUGUCAGCAACCAAAAAUGAUUGUAGUCCGAAGAAGGUUAAAGAAAGAAUAAGUUAUGAUGAGAUAAAAAACGAUAAGUACUCAGCUUUCGCAACGAAAUCUUCACCUGUGGCGAGGAUUUCUUUGCCUGGCCGCACCCAAAACAAAGUGGAAUCUCACCAUGUAAAACUGUGCACAAGUUCUGCCAAGGAACUUGCGGAUGGAGAAAUAGAUCAUACAGGAAUAUGCGUCAAUGCGACACGGAAAUCAAGCAGAGAGAAAAGCGUUUGCUAUGAAGAAAACCAGGAACAUGCGAAGAAAGUUUCGAACAAAAAUUUGUUAUUUAAAAAGCCUUCUAAUCCUGAAAGAAGAUCACCGGGCGAAUGUGGUGACCAGUUUGGUGAAUCUAGAGAAAACUCAGAGGAAUCUGUAGAGGCCUCCCCGCUUGUGAAGAGACGUAAAGGAAAGUUUAGAUCUAAGGUUCUGAAGAGUAGAAUCCUUGGAAGUGAUGACGAAUGUGGAGUUGAAUUUAGUGAUAGCGAUGGUGAAUAUGGAGAGGAUGUUGGACCCAGUUCUCUUGGAGAUCAAACUAAGCAGAUUCAUCAAAUCCCCGAUAGCGAUGAUGAGUUUGACCUGCAGGAGAAUUUGAACGUCAAGCGGAAAAGAAAGUUAUCAGUUCAUAGACAGUCAAAGGACAAUAAAUCAAAGAAAAGACGCCCACAAGUCGAUGAUUUCCUGGACGACGAAGCAGAGGUAACAGAAGACGAGAUAAACGACAGUUAUGACAUGGUCGAGGAAGAUCUUGAUGAAAUGGAGGAUAGCUUUAUUGAUGAUCGCAGUCAGCUCACACAACGAAGUCCUCUCACUGCCAUGAAAGAGAAGAACAGGGACACGUCUGUGAACAUGAUGGAUAUAUACAGGAUAUCCCUUCUCACCCCGCAUCGUCAACAACUUCGUUUUCGAACACCAGCAUUUCAGCGCCAUACUAACAGGUACAAGAUGGUCUAUGAUAAGCUGCCUUCAGCUCAUGAUACCUCCACUACCUCCACCUCAGCAACAGACGGAGAUGAGGACCACGACACAGAACUUGAGGACGAAUGUGGAGCUGAUUCUUCUUUUGCAUCUCCAGAGCAAAGUCAAAUAGUGGUGCGAAGAAAACGUUUUGGUAAAAGACGUGUGCUAGCCGAAAGCUUUUGCGCUAGUCCGGACGCAGUCGAUCCCGAAAGGUCGACGACCGGUUCCGAAUAUAAACCGGAAAAUACUAAAAGCAUAUUGGCGAAUGAUUGUAGAAAAUCCAUUAGCGAGGACGCCAUAUUCAAACGUCCUGGAAACACCGCACCGUUAAAUGUGAAUAGGAGAGAAGAAGGGAUUGGAAAUGUUAACGCUGGAUAUUUAAGAGAAAACGAGAACAUGGAUGAUAUUCUUGCUGUUUUGAAUGACUGUGACGAUGAGUCAUUAAUGAUGGAAAUGAACGCAUUGGAGAACAACACUACUUUAGCAGCUGGAAGUAAACUAAGGUUGGAGAGUAAUAUGAACAGGGAGUUAAAUAAAUCGAAAUGCGAUCCAAAUAGAACAGAAAAUUGGAAAUCAAAUAUUGGACAGAGCUCUUGCAGACGUUCCGCUGCCGAAUGCAGUGUUAAUAGCAGGCAAGAAAGAUCUCGGAUUGGUAAUUUAGGUCAGACCGGAACAGAAAAAUGUGAAACCAUUUCCCAGGCAAGCAACUGUAGUGGAAGGACGAGUGUGAAACGAAAUCUCACCAGCACUUCAACGUGUUUAAAAAACAAAAGUGAGACAGAAAUUAGCCUUGCAAAACUUCCUGAUCGCAAGAAAACUCCUAAUGUAGGAGCUACUGAGCCUGGAAGUAGGUUCAAUUCAAAAGAAAAUAAUGUAAGAAGAGAGCUAAGUACUGGAAAGACAACAUUUCAACCACAGAACAUGCGCAAUAGCAAGGUUCUGAAUCAACCAAUCACCGUUUCCCCAUUAUUCCCGCCAUUAUCCUAUAUUACGUCAUCAAACGAUUCUUCGUCCCGCAACGAUUCUUCCUCUUUACAGAGGACCGUUGGUCAAGCUUCUGAACAGAGUAAAUGCGAUACAUCAAAAGUUGUAUCGGAACACACCGAUAGUGCCACGAAGUCAAGUCCGGCCUCAACGGCUGCACAACGUGAUAAGAACAAACUUACGAUUUUGGUUGGCUCGAAAGAAGUUUCAAAUUGUCAGGUUGUUUCUUUCUUACGUCGAAAGCACAACAUCAAAGCUGUUGUUUCCCAAAUAACUGGAUGUGAUUACAUCGUCAGCACCCGUAUGGCUGUCGAACGAAAGUUUGUUUCAGAUAUCUCUUGUCAAGCGAAUUUUCACAAACUGAUUGCAAGAGUUCGAGAACUAUGCGAUCUCUACGAUCGACCUUGUAUUGUGAUUGAAAGAGAUCGCGUGAAAAAUGGCGAGACUAAAGUUACAUGCGAAGUUCGCAGUAAAUAUUUCAAUCGAAUCCUUGCCUUGCUGGCACAGACACGCAUCAAGGUCCUCUUCACGGAGAAUCAAGAGGGUACAUCCGAUAUUCUGGCAUCCUUAGCUCAAAUUGAAGAGAAGAAAAACUAUGCGAUAGUUUAUCCAUUACCUCUGAGCAAAGAAAAGGAAAAGAUGGUAAAGUUCUUGACUUCCAUCCCACGGACAAGUUACAUUAGCGCAAUCAGUUUAUGUUAUCACAACAAAACCUUGCAAGAGAUCAUUACCAGUUCACCUGAAGAUCUGGCCAAAAAGGUGAAGACAUUGUCCCUGAAACGUGCCAAAGAUAUUAUCGGGUUUUUGCAACAUGGUUUUCAGGCGGACAUGGUCAAAACCUCGACGUGACGGUGGGCUGUAUCACAACGGCGAGAAUCUGGAUGCUCAUGCACUAGGAAGCACGGUCAGGAAAAUUUAAACUAAUUUACUAAAGGUGAUGUGGUUGAUAAUAUUUUUGUUCCGGAUGGAAUGAGAGUAAAUUGUAUGUUUCAAAUGAUUGCCAAAAAUGUGAACUAAAAGAAUAUGUGAACUAAAAUAUGAAGGAUGAGUGAAACCACUCAGCCUCAGGCUAGUUUUGUUGGGUUGAGUAUGAACAAAAACGAACGUUGAAGCGUCGUUAUAAAAAUUUAUGACAGAUUAAAUAAAUACAAAAAGGGAGAUAAACUUGAUAAUAAGUUGCUGAGAUAGUGUGCAAAUAGUGAAAAGCCGAUAAAAUCUUCAAUUGCUCCGCCAUUUGAAUGCGCAUGCACGGAGAUCAUUAGCGUUCGAACGACGGUAUCCUAGCAACGACAGUUGCAAUUAGGUGACG